CCAUUGGUUGUAUCAAACGUCACUCAACAUUGCGUCAUUCUGGAGAAAAUAAGAUUGGUUUAACAUGCAAGCUGUCAAGAGUAAAGGAAGCGAGCUAGUGGCAGCGAUGCAAACCUUCCAGCCACACUGACUGUCUUUCAUACAAAUGGAGGCCAGGACUGUCAUCAGAUAAGCUGCAGCCUCCAAGUCACUAAAGACUCUUAGGAAACAGAAGCCAAUGGGAUGGGUUUUGAAUCUGCUGAAUACUAAAUGAGAAACUUCCGUGACGCUAUCAUUGCAGAGGACUGACCAUCACCAUAGUUUCUCACUAAGCCGUUUUAGGUUUUCAGUCUCAUUCUGCUCCUCUGCCUCACACACCUUCAUCCAGUGGCUCUGCUGUUCAGCCCACAUAGAGAGGACCCUUCCCUCUCCCCUGGCCCCACAUCGGCGGCCAGCUCUGGCGGUGUGUUGGUGAACGAUGGCGCGGUGGGAAGCUGAGGGCCGCCGCGGGGGACUGUGAUGUCAGAGAACACCAGCCCGGGCGAGAGCCGGCGUGGCGCUCCCAGAUUCUUCGUGGGCUGCGAGGAGGAUGAAAGCGAGGUCCUGGACGAUAGCGAGGUCCUGGACGAGAGCAUGAGGACAGACAUGGAGCUGUAUGAGGACGACGAAGACUCAGACUCGGUGUGUGCAUUACCCAAAUCACAGUCUCAAAUCCUCUUUAAAAAACCUCCAUUUCACCAUUUUGAUAUAUUUUUCAAUGAUACUCCCCCAGAGCAACAGAUCGUGGUGGGGAUCUGCUGCAUGAUGAAGAAGUCCAAGUCUAAGCCCAUGACCCAGAUCCUGGAGAGGCUGUGCAAGUUCGAGUUCAUCACCGUGGUCAUCUUCCCAGAGGAGGCCAUCCUCAACGAGCCUGUGGACAAAUGGCCUCUGUGCGAUUGCCUCAUCUCUUUCCACUCCAAGGGAUUCCCGCUGGAUAAGGCGGUGAGCUAUGCCAAACUGAGAAACCCUCUGCUCCUCAACGACCUGAACAUGCAGUACUACAUACAGGACAGGAGAGAGGUGUAUCGCAUCCUGCAAGAGGAAGGGAUUGACCUACCGCGCUAUGCUGUGCUGAACCGCGACCCAGAUAAACCAGAUGAGUGUAACCUGGUUGAGGGAGAAGACCACGUGGAGGUGAACGGAGAGAUUUUUCAAAAGCCUUUUGUUGAGAAGCCCGUCUGCGCAGAGGACCACAACGUCUACAUCUACUACCCCACCUCUGCUGGUGGAGGCAGCCAGAGACUCUUCAGAAAGAUCGGCAGCCGCAGCAGUGUGUACUCGCCAGAGAGCAACGUGAGGAAGACGGGCUCGUACAUCUAUGAAGAGUUCAUGCCAACAGAUGGCACCGAUGUUAAGGUGUACACUGUGGGGCCCGACUAUGCUCACGCUGAGGCCCGGAAGUCCCCCGCUCUGGACGGGAAGGUGGAGAGAGACAGCGAGGGGAAGGAGGUCCGCUACCCCGUCAUGCUCUCAGCCAUGGAGAAACUGGUGGCUCGUAAAGUCUGCCUAGCUUUCAAGCAAACUGUGUGUGGCUUCGAUCUCCUCCGAGCCAACGGACACUCGUAUGUGUGCGACGUCAACGGAUUCAGCUUCGUGAAGAACUCAAUGAAGUACUAUGAUGACUGCGCCAAGAUCCUUGGGAACAUCGUGAUGCGUGAGCUGGCUCCUCAGUUUCAGAUUCCUUGGUCCAUCCCCACUGAGGCAGAGGACAUCCCCAUUGUUCCUACUACAUCAGGGACCAUGAUGGAGCUACGCUGUGUCAUUGCCGUCAUCCGACAUGGAGACAGAACGCCCAAACAGAAGAUGAAGAUGGAAGUUCGCAACCCAAUGUUCUUUGAUCUUUUUGAAAAAUAUGGAGGCUACAAAACAGGGAAAUUAAAGCUGAAGAAGCCAAAGCAACUGCAGGAGGUGCUGGACAUCACACGGCAGUUGUUAGCAGAACUUGGACAGGACAAUGACUGCGAGAUAGAAGAGAAGAAGUCUAAACUGGAGCAGCUGAAGACUGUUCUGGAAAUGUACGGCCACUUCUCGGGUAUCAACAGGAAAGUGCAACUAACUUACUUGCCCCAUGGGCAGCCCAAAACCUCAAGUGAGGAAGAAGAUACGCGUAAGGAGUGUGCAUCUCUGCUGCUGGUGCUGAAGUGGGGGGGAGAGCUGACUCCUGCUGGCAGAGUCCAGGCUGAGGAGCUGGGCAGGGCCUUCCGCUGUAUGUACCCCGGGGGUCAAGGAGACUAUGCUGGAUUCCCAGGCUGUGGGUUACUGCGGUUACACAGCACCUACAGACACGACCUGAAGAUAUACGCGUCCGAUGAAGGCCGGGUGCAGAUGACGGCCGCUGCUUUUGCAAAGGGUCUGCUGGCGCUGGAGGGGGAGCUGACACCCAUCCUGGUGCAGAUGGUGAAGAGCGCCAACAUGAACGGGCUGCUAGACAACGACAGCGACUCGCUGAGCAGCUGCCAGCACCGCGUCAAGGCCCGACUGCACGACAUCCUGCAGAAGGACAGGGACUUCAACGAGGAGGACUUCGACAGGCUGGCCCCAACCUGUACUGCUUCUGUGGUGAAUUCAAUGAAGAUUGUGGAGAACCCUGUGGCCACAUGUGACCAGGUCUACGCCCUCAUUCAGAGCCUCACCUCGCAGAUCCGCAAAAGGAUGGAGGACCCCAAGUCAGCUGACCUGCAGCUGUACCACAGUGAGACUCUGGAGCUGAUGCUGCAGCGCUGGUCCAAACUCGAGAGAGAUUUCCGCAUGAAGAACGGCCGCUACGACAUCAGUAAAAUCCCAGACAUCUACGACUGUGUGAAGUACGACGUUAUCCACAACGCCACCCUGGGCCUGGAGGACACACUGGAGCUGUUCAGACUGUCUCGAGCUUUGGCCGACAUCGUCAUCCCACAGGAAUAUGGCAUAAAUAGAGUGGAGAAGUUGGACAUAGCAUACACCCACUGCCUCCCACUGGUCAGAAAGAUCCAGCUCGACCUGCAGAGGACCCACGAGGACGAGUCUGUCAACAAGCUGCACCCUCUGUACUCUCGAGGGGUGAUGUCUCCUGGGCGCCAUGUCAGGACACGUUUGUAUUUCACCAGUGAGAGCCACGUCCACUCCCUGCUCAGCAUUUUCCGCUACGGUGGCUUGCUCGACGAGGAGAACGACCAGCAGUGGAAGCGUGCCAUGGAUUACCUCAGCGCCGUCUCUGAACUCAACUACAUGACUCAGAUUGUCAUCAUGCUGUAUGAGGACAACAAUAAGGAUCUGGCCUCUGAGGAACGCUUCCACGUGGAGCUUCACUUCAGCCCCGGUGUGAAAGGCGUGGAGGAGGAGGAGAACGCACCGACCGGCUUCGGCUUCAGGCCCGCUUCUGCAGAGGUAGCCCAGCAGAACGGGCAGAAGCAGACGGAUCCCGGCAGCCUGGAGGACCUCUCGCGAGAUGAGACUGACCGCGCCGUGCCGCUGUCUGAGCCAAUCACCAUUCAGAGGAAGUCCCCACUCAUACGCAAUCAUAAGACAGGAUCCAUGGAGGUUCUGUCAGAGACAUCUUCCUCCAAAGUAGGCAGUUAUCGCCUCUUCUCGUUAUGCUCACGUCAAUCCCCCGAGAUGAAGCAAAGUGGAUUAGGCUCUCAGUGCGCCGGGCUCUUCAGCACCACUGUCCUAGGUGGGUCCUCUAGCGCCCCUAACCUGCAGGACUACGCACGCGCACAUCGCAAAAAAUUCUCCACCGGCAGUCUGUCCUACAAAGACGAGUUGUUGUCAAUGCCGGCAGUAAAACGAUUUUCUGUGUCGUUUGCAAAGUUUCCGACUAAUGGAACUAAAGAUGACACAUCGGCCGUAGCAGUGGCUCCACCUGUCUGGUGCACUGCAACAGUUUCAUGCCUUUUCCCCUGCUCCACCUCCUCUGUCCAUCCUCGCUCUCCCUCUUCUCCUUCAGAGCCCUUGGAUGAGCAGCGUGUGGCCCAGUUGUUGAGGCGUUUCUCCACCGACCUCAGCCUGGGCCGCCACCUCUCUCUGGACGGGGCGCUGGCCCACCACCUCCACCAGUGCUCCUACCACCUCCGCCUCUUCCGAAACUGUCUCAUCUCCGGCCAGGACCCCGUAGAGUACCUCCACGGCUUCGAAGGCUGCUCCAUGGUACCCUCCAUCUAUCCGCUGGAAACGCUGCACAACUCGCUGUCGCUAAAACAGGUCGCAGAGUUCCUCGCUGGUGUGUGCGAGAGUGCAGGGGAUCCACACACGAGGACUACCAGAGCUCUGCAGUCGGCCAUGUUGGACGCACAGAACCAUCCGUCAGUGGACUCGUACAUCCCUCAGAGAGUCUCUUCCUCCAUCUCUCUCAGAUCUCGUUCUGACAGACCUCCUUGGUACAGCAGCGGUCCAUCCAGCACAGUAUCCAGCGCCGGGCCUUCUUCUCCCACCACAGCAGACACUUCCCCACGCUUCAGUUUCAGUGAUAAGAUCUCUCUCACCCCCCAGAGCAGCGAGGAGACUCACUCGUCUCAAAACAUUUCCAAUCAGCCGGCGCCCGCCUCCGGGUCACAGGGAAAUGACCCGACCACAACCCUCGCCGAAGUCCCUCUGACUCCUAAUAACUCAUCAGAGGAAGACGGGGAGCUUGGCCCCGCUACAGAUCGCCAGCCUAACGAUCCUGAACACACACAGGAAGUGACUCCUCCGGCUAGGGAAGCCUCAGAUCCCUGCCCGAUUCCGCCCUGCUCGUCGUUAGUGGAGCUCACCCUCUCUCGGAUGGAGGGCUACUGCCUCCCCGGCUCUCUGCCCGUGCUGCUGGAGCUCCGGGAGAGCAGCAGCGAGGCAGGCUCCAGCUCCCAGACGCCACAGUCCCCCGAGGGACUCGACGAGUUCUUCGACACCCAGGAGUCCAUGGAGCUGUGGAUGGACAGCCCAGAAGAUGUCCCCCAACCUGAGACGCCUCUAGAUGGUGGAGCAACUCAAUCAGCAGAGCCGUAGAGCAUGGAGACUUUCGGAACAGAUCCGUCAGACACUACUGUAACUUUACAUCCUGGCUGUCAAUCAUGAGCAGUGAGGCGUUGUACUGUGUGACACUCGCCCUGGCCUCCUCCUGCUUGAUGAAUACUGUGUGUUGAGUAAUAAUGAAUGGGCAGCUGAUCCUCACUAGGCUCUGCUUAGAAUAAUCAUAUGACAGUGCCAUAAGUGCUGCUCAUCGCCUUUUUAGAAAGCACAUCGGGGCUUGCCAGUGACGCCACUGAGCAUCCUCUGACAGUCUACUGGUUCUGUCUUUAUAGACGUAGAGAGCCAAGUGUUGUAAGUUGAAGCUUUAUCGUCAAACUCCCUGUUACUGUUGCUUAUUAGCGGUAACACAAACCUUUCCUUAAAGCUGGAUUCAUCCGUUUGGGCCACUGGGGCAGAGCGAGACAUUUUAUCACAUUAUAAAACUGUUUAAACUCGGAUUUGUUCUCCACCCAUAAUCUCAAAAGAAAUGUGCUUAAAGAGGCCUUAAGAAAUAGUUUCCAAAUGUUAUGUGUUCAAUUGAUUCAAAGUGACCAUGGAGAUAUUGAUCAAUGGAACUUUAACUUGUGUCGUCUUACCUUUUAGCCUUUACCUUUGGACAGAUGACGUUUUCCCAUGAUCAGCUUCCAUAACCUCCAUCAUAGUCCCGUGACGGGUAUCAGGGUUUAUGUCCUGGCAUCGGGGCAAGGGUCCUUUGUUUGUUACAGGAUAAUGUUACUUAUAAGCUCACUUAUUUUAUUAGAAACACAGGAAGUAACUUGCAAGGCCUUGAAGAUAUAAUCUGUGGCUUUUCUGCUCUUCGUCUUACCCCAGUGUGUGUUCUCUUCUGAGCUUCUUAUGUUUAGUAUCUGCGUUUUAAUUUUAAAGAAAAAACAAACAAAAGCUAAAUAUUCGUUAGUCAGAAUGUUUUUGUUAUAAUGUCAGUUAAAAAAAGGCUUCUGUCAGUAAAUCUCCAGGUCAAGCUGCGUACAUGGCCUACAGCCAAAGAAGAUUGAAUAUACUCGGUAGGAACUGAUGGAUACAAAAACAUUUAUUAAGAAAUGUCAUCUUACUGUAAUACUCUUCUGGUAUUUUUGAUGCCCACAUCAGAUAUGUUAUUAUACCAUAGCUAUCGUAUAUGUUUUGGUCAACAAGCUAAUUCCUUUUAUCAGCGAACAAACGGGAGGAGUGAUUCAAUGUGCUUUUAUUGUGGCAAGCAGGUAUGUAGCAGGUGUGUGUGGGGGGGGGGGGGGGCUACACACAUGAUGAUAAGCAAUUCAGGUACAUGAGUACGCUGAAGUGCUAUUCUCUGUUCAAUCAGUGAGAUGUGAUGUUACAUUACGAUAUAGUGUAGAGGGGGGAAACACAACUGUGAGUCAGGGAGGCUCUGACCUUUCACCCUGUCGGUUUGAAACAGAUACUCACUCUGUUUUGCUUUUGUGCUGCAGGUGCUGUUUGCUUGAAGGGUCAAUUUACUCAAAUUACAAAAAGCUGAAAACAUGUGCUCCCUUGAGGUAAGUGAGGCAGGGCAGAUAGUUUUGGUUGUAUUCGUUCUGGGUUUCAGAUUUCUAUCUUUGACAUUAUUGUCUGAAAUUGUGCUCAAAAAAUGUGUAGCAGUGGGUCUUUCCAGAACUAGAGACCCCAUCACUCUGGAUAGUUCAGAGUGCAUCUUAACCUCAGGUUAAAUAUCAGUAAGUAGGGUUUUUUGAUCAUUUCAAGUAUGCGUUUUAAAAAAAGGAAAGGUUUUGCAAAAGAGUUUAAAGAUCUGACUAUAACAUAACAUAUGUGUGUAGUACAAUUCAUGAAACGAGCAUGAAUGUGACAUUUAUACAUGCUUCCCAUACUCAGAAGCUUUAAGGCUCAUCUUGUUGGAUUUUCUUCUGCAGUGCUUUAUGGAACAUAACUGAAGAGUCAGCAACCGACUGUAUCUUAAUGCGCUCAACUCCAUAUGGAUAGUAGUAGGGAAUGAAAAGUGCAAAAGGUUCGCUUUUUUCUUUGCAGAUUUUCUAUAAUUUCAUUUAAAAUCUAUGCUACAGUUUGAUAGAACACGGUGUAACUAGUUGCACCUGUAACUACAACACCCUGAGUGAUGUCACAAUGUGAGUCUUGAGGCCUUACUUCAAACCUGAGAGUACCAUAACCCAAACUCUGUUCCCUUCUGGUGCUUCAGAGGACAGGCAGAAAACUCAGAUACAUGUCUCAACAUUCGGGCUCCAUAGCUAAAUGCCACUAUAGGCUAGAAAAAUCUGUUUUGUAAUUUCUGUGAAUUGACCUUUAAAACCUGCUCGGAGUGCUUCGUGAACUGAAAUCACAUGUCUGACAUUUCUCCCUGUUGGAUCAUCAAGCUUAGGUCAGGAUGCACAAUGUGUGUUUUCUUCAAAUCUGUACUAACUCUACUGAGCUGAUUCCACAAAUGCUCUCUGUCCUGGUUUAAACCGCCCGUCUGUGUGAAGCUUAACCAUUUGGAUUUAGAAUGGUCGUUAUGUGAAACAGACACAAUAUUCUGUAUUGCCUCUAACAAUGUUACAAAUACAGCUAUUGGAGUGUCA